GCUCGACGUCCGCCCACUGUGGGGGUCGACAGCCAGGUGGUCCGAGCUCGGCGGCGCGCCGAGGGGGGAAGCCGGCCCCCUGCUGCCUUUGCCACUCGGCGCGCCGCCGACGAGCUGCUGUCAGCAAUGGCCGCUCUCCGCCUAAUCGUAGCGAUCGCGGCCGUCCCUGCCUCAUGCGGGGCGGCGCUGCUGCACGGAGACUCGCAGGCGCCCGACCUUGUGGCCACCAGGGAGCAGCUGCUGAAGUCCCAGGUCUUCCAGGAGAAGGUCAGCCAGGCGUGCGGGGGCGCCGCGGAGCGCGGCAAGCAAGCAUGUGUCUCGCAGGCCGCGGAGGGGCUGUUCUGCCAGCUGUUAGCGCGGCAGCGGCCAGAGCUCGCAAAGCAGGAACUGGCUGCAGCGGCAGCGCGUUCCAUGCGAAGGCCCCGUCGCUGGUCCAGCUCCAGGCGAGCAGGGGCCCGGAGGACGACCUCGCCCAGGAGAUGACGCACGACCUGGAGAUGAACUUCAACAAGAUCGCCCCGUUCGGCAAGGAGGACACCGCCAAGGAGCUCCAGGACCACGCUGCGAAGACGCAGGACACCCUGGUCGACGCCGUCGAGAACGCGGAGGUCGCGGAGAUCAAGCGAGCCGUGUUCCGGGCUCUGACGCGCCUUCGGGCGGCGACGAUCAAGGAGUUCG